AGUCUUUCGCUUCCUCGCGGAUGCAAUGGCUACCGCCAUCCGGCCCUUGUGCUGCACUCCGCCGCCCCGGCGAACUCGUAAUAUCGCACAAGACUACAGGCGCGCCUCCCGGAGCAAGACAAUGGCCACGCCUCUCACUCCUACUUCCACAAAAAAGGUUUUGGUUCCGAUAGGGUUAGGGACGGAGGAGAUGGAGGCUGUUAUUUUGGUGGACGUCCUUCGCCGCGCCGGAGCGGACGUUAUGGUGGCCUCCGUCGAGCCGGAGCUUCAGAUUGAGGGCUCCUCGGGGACUAAGCUGGUGGCCGAUAAGUCUAUAUCUGCGUGUGCUAACGAAAGUUUUGAUCUCGUAGCUUUACCGGGUGGAAUGCCAGGUGCCGCACGUUUGAGGGAUUGCAAAAUUCUUCGAAAUAUCAUAACCAAACAAGCUGAGGAAAAAAAGUUAUAUGGUGCUAUAUGUGCUGCUCCAGCUGUUACGCUUUUGUCAUGGGGUUUAAUGAAGAGAAAGAAGAUGACUUGCCAUCCAGCAUUUAUGAGCAAGCUUCCCACCUUUUGGGCAGUCCAAUCAAAUCUCCAGGUUUCAGGAGAGCUCACCACAAGUCGUGGUCCGGGGACGACUUUUGAGUUUGCACUGUCAUUUGUGCAGCAACUUUUUGGUGAUAAAUCUGCUGCUGAUGUUGGAGAAUUGUUGAUGCUUGAACUGGGUGGAGGCCUUCUCUUAAAGAAAGAAUUCAAUAAGGUUGAUUGGUCAUUUGGUCAAACUCCUCGUGUUCUUGUUCCCAUUGCAAAUGGUUCUGAAGAGAUGGAAGUGGUGAUGUUGGUAGAUAUUUUAAGGCGGGCGAAGGUGGAUGUUGUCGUUGCGUCUGUUGAGAAAUGCCUACAGGUUGUAGCGUCUCAAAACACGAACAUUGUCGCAGACAUGUCUAUUGCCGAUUCUUUUGAGCAUACUUAUGAUUUGAUCAUUCUGCCUGGUGGUGCUGCAGGUGUUGAGAGGCUGGGAAAAUCCAAGAUUCUGAAGAAGCUGCUUAAAGAACAGAAAGAAUCUGGAAGGAUAUACGGCGCCAUCUGCUCAGCUCCUGCUAUCUUACAAAAACUUGGCCUCCUCGAGGAUAAAAUAGUAACGGCUCAUCCAUCCGUCUUCAACAAGCUCACCGGCCCAGUCUCCAGUGCUGCUGGAGUUGUAAUCGAUGGGAAUGUGAUUACAUGCAAGGGCCUCAGAACCGUGAUGGACUUCGCCAUGAGUAUAGUGCACAAGUUUUUCGGCCGUGGCCGUACGAGAAGCCUCGCAGAAGGUAUCGUUUUCGAGUGUGAUAAAAGCUGGUGGGUCGAAGAUUCUUCAUAAUUUUUUGUUAGAAGGCCAUUGAAUUCCUUAGCCUAGUUGUAUGGGCGAGCUGAUGAGUUGAUGAAUACGAGUAACCAUCCACCAACUGCCUAGUAUCAGUUGCCAGUUUGUCUCUCAGGAUCAGCUAAUGGGCGUGAAGCUUUGUUGAGAUUGCUCGCCCACCUGAUGAAGGGAGGGAUCAAGUCCGUUUCAUUGUUUAAGAGGUUAGCUCAAUCGAGGAGAACAACUCGCUUUGAAGCUAAAUCGUUGAAUGUCGAAUUUCCUCAAAAUUUGAUUAGGCCAACAAAGAUGUGACCCAACAAAUAUUAGGGAAAUGCAAUGAAUAGUUGUAAUGUCAAAGUCAGAAGAGAAUAAGAGGAUAAAUUAGAAAUGUUUGAGGAUUUGUGUGCACUGAGUAGUUAAUUUGUAAUAUAUGAAAAAGUCUGUUAUAAAUAGAGGAAGAUCUGUGUUGCAAGGGAUCAGCCGAUUUU